AUGCAUCGAGGCCCUGUCGUGCGCAUCAGCCCAACAGACAUUGGGAUCAAUGAUCCCGAUUCUGUCAAAGUCAUACAAAAGGUAUCCGGUGGCUUCAAAAAGUCUGCUUGGUAUGACAAGACUGGUCCUGGGAUGCUCGGAAUGAGAGACCGCGAAAAGCACGCUCGCCGUCGCCGGUUACUUGCGCACCCCUUGAGCAACUCGUCUCUGCCCGCUUUCGAGCCUUUGAUCCGUGCAAAAGUAGACUUGGCGAUGAGUCAGAUGGAGAAAGAGUAUCGAAGCUUGGGAUACACUGACUGCCAUAAGUGGUUCAGCUUCAUGGCGACUGACAUUAUUGGUGAUUUGACAUUUGGUAGUUCUUUCAGAAUGCUUGAGCAAGGCAGACGCAGCCAAUAUGUCGAAGACCUCCAGGCCGUAAUGCCAACAGUCCACAAAAGGAUCGAGCUCUCUCCAUUCUUUGACCUGAUGUUCUUGCUCCCAUUGCCGCAAGUUAAGAAAUUCUCAGAGAGGUUUCGACGAAUUCUCAAAUAUGGAGAAGAAUCGAUCCGUCGUCUACAAUUAGCUCAGCUGGCAGGCUCGCUCGACACCCCGAUAUUCUUCGACAAGAUCAUGAAUCCAAAGAACAAAGAGAAUGCCUUGACAGAACUUGAGAUGCAGCAAGAGGCAGCGGAACUCAUGAUCACAGGAACCGAUACUACUUCAAAUACUCUGACAUAUCUCGUCUGGUCGGUUUUGCAGAAUCCUGGAAUACGGACACGACUCGAGGAAGAAGUAUCGGCUCUUGCUUCAGACUUCAGAGAUGCUGACCUGGUAAAACUACCAUACCUGAAUGCAGUGGUAAAGGAAUCUUUGAGAUUGUAUGGGGCUGCAUCUGGGGCGCAUCAGAGGGACGUUCCGGAAGGCGGCUGGGAAGCUUGUGGUUACAUGAUCCCUGACAGAGCAACUGUUUUCACCCAAGCAUUCUCCUUACAUCGACUACCCGAAGUCUUUCAAGACCCGCAUAGGUUUGACCCAGAUCGCUGGCUUAACCCAACUGCCGAGAUGCAAGAUGCAUACAUUCCGUUUGGAGGAGGACCUCGAAUCUGCAUCGGCAUUCACCUCGCUUACAUGGAGCUUCGCGUCACUACAGCAGCUUUCUUUCGCCAGUUUCGGGGAGCUCAGGUUCAUGUAUCAAUGACCACUGACGACAUGGAGUUGGAGAAUUACACAUUGAUUGCUCCAAAGUCUCACAAGUGUCUCAUUGCGCUGUGA